GAUUUCGAAUACAUCUGCUUGUAUGUUUGUUCACUUUUUUCCACUCGUGCAAGAGUAUAAAUUGGCGCUUUACUGCCAGAAUAAUACGGUGUGCUCAAUAGUGCGGUUGUGCUGAAAAUACUUCGGAGCGUAGCGCCUGUCGAAUUUCCAUUUAAUUUUAGAAUUGUGAAAACGAGAGGAAAAAUUUUACAAAAAUGUCGUUGAUGCGAAUGACCACAAGUAAAUUAGCUGAGACGCAGAAAACUUUGCCGGCUAUUACAACUUUCGUGCGUAACUUUGCUAGCGAGAAAUCGUUGAAAGACGUGCUCGCUGAGAAGAUUCCACAAGAGCAAGAAGUUGUAAAGGCUUUCCGUAAGAGCAAUGGAUCAACCAAGGUUGGAGAAGUUACCGUCGACAUGAUGUAUGGCGGUAUGCGUGGCAUCAAAGCCAUGGUUUGGGAAACAUCUGUUCUUGAUCCAGAUGAGGGUAUUCGUUUCCGCGAAUUGUCAAUCCCAGAAUGUCAGAAAGUGUUGCCAAAAGCUGAGGGUGGUUCCGAACCAUUGCCAGAAGGUCUUUUCUGGUUGCUCGCCACUGGCGAGAUCCCAACUCAAGCCCAAGCCAAACAAUUGUCGAAGGAAUGGGCUGAACGUGCUGCUUUGCCACAACACGUUGUCACAUUGUUGAACAAUUUGCCAAACACAUUGCAUCCAAUGUCACAGUUCUCUGCAGCAAUCACCGCUCUCAAUCAUGAUUCAAAAUUCGCCAAAGCUUACGCUGAUGGUGUCCACAAAUCAAAAUACUGGGAGACAACAUACGAAGACAGUAUGGAUCUUAUUGCUAAAUUGCCAGUCAUUGCCGCUACCAUCUACCGUAACACAUAUAAAGACGGCAAGGGAAUCGGCUCCAUUGAUCCAAACUUGGAUUGGUCAGCCAACUAUACCAGAAUGUUAGGUUUCGAAGAUCCAACCUUCACAGAAUUGAUGCGCUUAUACCUUACAAUUCAUAGCGAUCACGAGGGUGGAAAUGUUUCAGCUCACACAACUCACUUGGUUGGUUCAGCAUUGAGCGAUCCAUAUCUUUCAUUUGCUGCCGGUAUGAACGGUCUUGCUGGCCCACUGCACGGCUUGGCUAACCAAGAAGUAUUGAUUUGGUUGCAGAAAUUGCAAAAGGAAGUGGGCGACAAUGUCACCGAAGAUCAAUUAAAAGACUUUAUCUGGAAGACAUUGAAAUCGGGACAAGUUGUUCCAGGCUACGGUCAUGCUGUGUUGCGUAAGACCGAUCCACGAUACACAUGCCAACGUGAAUUUGCAUUGAAACAUUUGCCAAACGAUCCAUUGUUCCAUCUCGUGUCGACCGUCUACAAAGUUGUGCCACCAAUCCUCACAGAAUUGGGCAAGGUCAAGAAUCCAUGGCCAAAUGUGGACGCUCACUCUGGUGUUUUAUUGCAAUAUUACAAUUUGAAGGAAAUGAACUAUUACACCGUUAUGUUCGGCGUAUCACGUGCUCUUGGUGUGUUGGCUCAAUUGAUCUGGGACCGUGCUCUUGGUUUACCAAUCGAACGCCCGAAGUCGUUCUCAACUCCGGCUUUGAAGAAAUUUAUUGGUGCUAAGUAAAUUAACGAUAACACAACCGCCGUCGCAUUAUUAAUGCACUGUAAAACAAAACUCACAAAAACGAACUAAAUAAAAAUGGGAAAAAAUAUUUAAAUUAUAUCGAAUAAAUCGUUGAAACUUAAAACAAAAAACCACACAAACACAAAUACACACACAAAGUCGAUCCAAUUGAAAAAUGACUAUCAUAAGCACAUUUCUUUUGAUUAUUUCUUUUCUACUUUGAUUAAAUAUCCGGCUGAUAUUUUAAAUUGGCGUGAGUCAAAUAUGAAUGAUUGAAUUUGAUAAUGACGACGAAAAAUACAUUAUCAAAAGAUGAUAAGAUGAUAUGUAAAGGGCAAUUAAUCUAGGAAGUAAAAAGUACAGCGGUGACAACAACUCUAAUUUAGUCAGAUUGUGGGGCACAUUUAUACAAGUUUGGGCUUUCAAGAGUAUUGGAUGAAGACUGUUAGUCUGUUAAGAUUGUGCAUUGAAACCAUUUUCACCCGAAUUAGUCAAUUUUUCACCACUGAAAUCAUUUUGAAAUAUUAGUCAUGUAUCAGGAGACAUACAAGUGAAGUUUCAUUGAUAUUAAGAUCCGAUAUACUGUGCUUUACUUGAGAAAUGGAAUACAAACUGUUAUCAUAGAGCGAAAGUUUAGAGUAAUUAGCCGAUUUAUUUUGACUUUAGUUGAAUGAUAAUAAAAUCAAAAAUUCUUCUCAGAAAUGUUUAUUAUCUUGCGUGAGAAUUGUAGACAAUAAAACCGAAUAAAAAAUUCUAAAACCAA